UGUUAUUCAAUUGUUUUAACGAAAAAUUUGGUAUUGGAACCGUUUUCGGGUUUAGCCUUGUUUUAGCUAGUUUUAUAAGGAAAAAGUGCUGAAUUUGUAGAUAUUUUAAUAGUUUCUAUAUACAAAACAAGAUGUUUUUCGAUGUCCAACUUCUUUGCUACCAAUCCGAUGGUUUGUUUUGGAUGGCUUGGGUCGCCGGAAUAUUCGGAACCAAAUCUUCCCGUACUUCUGCUUUAUUAAAACUCGAAGAUAGGCAUGUCAAAUCGGCGAGUGUAGCACGAUUAUGCGAUUCACUACAAAAGUAUUUGUCGAACGGGUCAUCUCAAGUCAAUGAGCGGAUGUCGUUGAGACUUAGUGCGAUCCUAACGCUGGGAAUCAUUAGAAUUCAUAGCAGAAAAAUCGAUUUAUAUCAAUAUGCAAUAAAUAGGAUUUUCGACAAGAUUCAAAGACCAUUAAUAGCUGGAUUGAUGGAAAAGAGUAAACCUGGUUUAAAAGAUAAGAAAAAACGAGCCGGUAAAAAAGCUGUUGCGGAGCUUUUACCUGAAAUCGAUGGUGACAUUCAACCUGUCGUAAUACCUGAAUAUGACGCAAUCGUUGAAGGUGGACUGGCUGCUCUUGAAAACAUUCACGUCGCAUCAGUUGAACAAAUUACAAUGCCAGAAGAUGUACCAACGAGAGAUACAGAGGAACUUGAAAAUAUGGGUUUUGGUGAUGAGAUCGAUAAGGUAGCUCAAUUAAUAAUAACAUCAACUGAUUUUCGACAACCCGGCGGUUUUGAAAAAGCUAUCGCUGAUAUCGAAGCUGCUAUCCCUACUUCCCAUCAAGAACCUUUAUCACCUCCUGAAAAAAGUUCAGAAGCUGAUGCAAGGAAAAGAAAGCGAACAACGUCUGAUGAAAUCGAAAUAAGUAAACGACAAAGACUUGAGGAAGCACCUUCUGUACCAGUUGCUAACCUUCAAGAAGAACUGGAAGUUCCAAUUGAAACUCCACCUCAGGAUGUUGUUUCAAAAAGAGGGAAAAAAAAAUAUUUACUUGACGUAGUUGAAAAGAAAUUGGUUCCAAAAAAUAAACAAUGGGUUAAUGAAAUAAUUUAUGCUUCAAGCUUUUUUAAAUUGAAUCCACCCUUAAAUGUGGGUAAAGAUUUCGAUUUGUAUGAAUGUUGUAAUGAUGAUAUAUUGGAAGUAUAUAAAAUUCGUCCUAUAGCAAAAAGACAAAGUCCUUCAGUAAUACAAGAAGAUAUGCGAGCAGUUGAUUCUAAUGUCGCCAGUGGUCAACUAUCAACUCAACUUGAACAACAUAGAGGAUCAUCAACAGUAUCUCCUCAAGUAGGUACUCCUUCUUUACCUCCAAGAACUCCUCAAGAAUCUUUAAUUCAACCCGUUGCGUUACAAUAUUUGGAUAAAGCUGGUGCUCAUCCAGUUCAUUCGACACCAAUCGUUCCGGCACGACCUGCAUUUACUCCAAGAGAACAGCCUAUAAUUGAAGAAGAAGUUGAAAUUUCUGCAAUUCAUUUGCCAAGAGAUGAAGCAGAAGAUGAAGAUGUUAGCAGUAGAGUUCAAUCUCAACAAAAUAGGAUUGUUGAAAUUGUAAAAAAUUGGAAUUUUGAAGAAUCAAUUUUAACCAUUGAUGAUCUUUGCCCAAUCCCGAUUAACAGACGUAACAUAGGUGUUACUUUUAUUCAUCUAACGGUCUUAUGCAAACGCGAAUUAGUAGACUUGGAACAUAAACAUGAUUCCUUGGAGUUAGAAAAGAUUUUACCUGGACCAAAAUUAUUGUCAUUAAAUUUUUAAUUUAAUUAAUGUUUGGAGUUCUAUUUAAUUUCAUUAGGUUUAAUAUGAAAAAGAAGAAUGUUGAGUAUAGUAUUGCCAUAACUAUUAGUAUGAAUAUGUUAUUAUAAAACUGAUUUGAUAUUGAUACUAUUUAGUUUUACUAUGAGCUAAAUUUCUGUUAUAAAAUUUUUAAUGUAAGAGUUCUGUUUAGUUUUCUAAGAUUUAAAUACAAAAAGACAAAUAUUGACCUGUAGUAGUGUCAUAACUGUUCAAUAUAAUAUAACUUUUCAAGAUAAA